AUGAGAGGCAGGACCGAACUGCCUGAGGCCACCUUGAUCCUGACUAGUGUGAAACUGGAGUUGACGGUAGUAGGAACGCUGCGAACGAGAACCUUCCUAGCACCCUUCGGCUGCGAGGAAAUCAAAGUGGUCCAUGGAGAAGAGGAAGAUAGAUCGAACAACGCGGAUACGUUGGAGACGACUGAGCCAGCAGGUGAAGGCACAUCGACAUUGGAGCCGCCGCCAGCCUUUAUGGAAAUGAAACGGGAUUUGCCGGAGAGCAGCUCUCCUGGCAAUUCAAGAAAUAACGAACAAAGAAUCCUCAUAGAAUCGCCUAGAAGAAGAAGAAUAGAGGGCUCAGCCAGAGUACCUUUCUUGGGAACGUUGCCCGAAGAAGAAUGGGAAGUACAUCACCGAGACCUUGAAAGUAUGACGGGAUGCAAAUUGGACAGAGUGGCAUUCAUGGAAGAAGUCUGGACAGUGGUUCAGAGCUAUGGGACCCAGUCCAUUCUGAAAACAAGUCUCAAUCGACCCUUGAUGCGGGAAGUCCUUGACAAGCUUGAUGAGUGUGAAGGGAGAUUGAAGUCGCUAUUGAAUCUAGAACAGAGACAUGAGAUGGUCACUGCCAUCAAUGUAGAAGUAUUCCCAGGAGUUCUGCUAACCGAGCAGAAACACAUAGGAAAUUGGAGGGAAGCCAUCGAGGCGGAAAUGAACAUCAGACACAGUGAAACUUAUUGUAGACCAUCAGGAGCACGAUAUUUGGGACUCUUAGUGGCUGGAAAAAGUAUUACCGACGUUGUUAAUAUUGGAAUCGGAGGAUCUGAUUUAGGCCCAGUUAUGGUAACAGAGGCUCUGAAACACUAUGCUGGCAAUUUGAAAUGCCACUUUGUUUCGAAUAUUGAUGGAACCCAUAUGGCGGAAACACUGAAAAGUGUAAACGCGGAGACAGUGCUCUUCAUCAUUGCCUCGAAAACUUUCACGAUCCAAGAAACUAUUACGAAUGCUAACUCUGCCAAGGCCUGGUUCUUGUCUGCCGCUGCCGAUCAAAACCACGUUGCUAAGCAUUUCGUAGCUCUGUCAACCAACAAAGAAAAAGUCACCGAGUUUGGAAUUGACGAGAAGAAUAUGUUUGGAUUUUGGGACUGGGUAGGAGGCCGCUACUCCCUAUGGUCUGCGAUUGGAAUGUCAAUUGCUUUGCAUGUUGGGUUUGAAUAUUUCGACCAACUUUUACAUGGCGCGCACGAACAUUUUUGCAAUGCAAAAUUAGAAGAAAAUUUGCCAGUGAUUUUGGCGCUUGUCGGUAUUUGGAAUAACAAUUUCCUGGGAGCUCAAAGUCAAGCGAUUCUUCCGUACGAUCAGUAUCUGUCACGAUUUGCAGCAUACUUCCAGCAGGGUGACAUGGAAUCUAACGGGAAAUACCGCACCAGGUCAGGAAAAGAAGUCGAGUGGGAAACUGGACCAAUUAUUUGGGGAGAACCUGGUACCAAUGGUCAGCACGCAUUCUCAUUCUACCAACUCAUUCAUCAAGGAACCAAACUGAUCCCCUGUGACUUUCUAGCACCAGUUCAUACUUUGAAUCCAAUCUCCAACAGAAUCCACCACAAGAUUCUGUUAGCGAACUUCUUGGCUCAAACUGAAGCGCUCAUGAAAGGCAAGUCCCCAGAAGAAGUGAAAGAGGAAAUGAAAAAGGCAGGGACAUCUCCUGAGAGAAUUGAAGAAAUUUUACCCCAUCGGGUAUUCAAAGGAAACAGGCCAACCAACUCUAUUAUCUACGAGAAGCCAGACCCCUUCACCUUGGGAGCUAUGGUUGCGAUGUAUGAGCACAAGAUCUUCGUGCAGGGUGUCAUUUGGGACAUCAACUCCUACGAUCAAUGGGGAGUGGAGUUGGGAAAGCAGUUGGCAAAGGUGAUAGAGAAAGAAUUGGGCGGAACCGAGGAAGUAACUUCACACGAUCAGUCGACGAACGCACUUAUCAACCACAUCAAAAAGCGAGCCAAUUUCGAUUGACAAGUUGACUGAUAUA